AUGGUACGGACCGACAGAAACCAAAGCUCUGUGACCAGGUUCAUCCUUCUGGGCUUCUCAGACUACCCCCAUCUCCAGGCAGCCCUCUUCCUUGUCUUCUUGGUGGUCUACACAAUCACCUUGGUGGGGAACCUGGGUAUAAUUCUGGUUGUGAGGAUCAACCCCAAACUGCAAACACCUAUGUACUUUUUUCUCAGACACCUCUCCUUUUUGGAUAUUUGCUAUUCCACCGUCUUUACACCCAAGCUGCUAGAAACCUUGGUCAUGGAAGACAGAUCUAUCUCCUUCAAAGCUUGCAUGGUACAAUUUUACUUCGUCUGUGCCUUUGUGAUCACAGAGAUGUUUAUGUUGGCAGUGAUGGCCUAUGACCGUUUUGUAGCUGUCUGUAACCCACUGCUCUACACAGUUGCUAUGUCCCGUAAGCUCUGUGCACUCCUGGUAGCUGGGACCUACACGUGGGGAGGCUUAUGCUCCUUGACAAUCACCUACUCUCUUUUGACGCUAACGUACUGUGGUCCCAAUAUCAUAAAUCACUUUAGCUGUGAGUAUUCUGCUGUUCUGUCUUUAUCCUGUUCUGAUCCUUCCUUUAGUCAGAUUGUGUGUUUUGUCAUUUCUACGUUCAAUGAAACGACUAGCCUCCUGAUUAUCCUCACCUCCUAUGUCUUCAUCGUGGUCACAAUUGUCAAGAUGCCCUCUACCGGUGGUCUCCGGAAGGCCUUCUCCACCUGUGCCUCCCACCUCACUGCCAUCACCAUCUUCCAUGGGAUCAUCCUACUUCUCUACUGUGUGCCCAACUCCAAGAGCUCAUGGCUUUUCAUCAAAGUGGCCACUGUGUUUUUCACUGUCAUGAUCCCCAUGUUGAACCCUCUAAUCUACAGUCUCAGGAACAAAGAUGUCAAAGAUACAGUCAGGAAUGUCAUCAACUCCAAGCUACUUUCUCAGUCAAUGCAAUCCAGACACAGGCAUUAA